AAAUGUCACUGACAACAUAUAAAUGAAUUUCUUUACAAUAAUUAGUGUUAUUUGUGCGGCGCUAAUACUUAAAAGUAAUUCGAAACAUAUGUUUCGACGAUACGAAAACACCAAAACUUUGGAUCACGAAGACCAUCGAGAAAUACUGCAAGAUACAAAAACAGUUUUCUUGCCGGAAAAAAUCGUUCAUUUUAGAAGUUACGACUUGGAUAACAGAGAGAAAAGAAAGUUUAAUUACAAUUUUCUUGGCCCCAGUAACAAUUACUGUGUGAAGGCUAACAAAAUAAAUUUGGGGAGUUUUGAAAUAUUGAACGAUCCAGAACCAAUCGAUUUGAACAUUUCAGUUAUAAAUGUGCCUGACGUUAAUAAACCGACAGACGACGAACAUCAAACUGAUGAAGAUAAAACGGUGCUGGUUAUAAAGAUUAAUAUAACUUCAAAAGGUGACACGGAGUUACCGAAUUCAAAACCUGUUAACGACGAAAUAUUCUGGCACAACAAAAAAACGAAAAAAGAAGUCAGGAGUAUGCAAAGUCAAAUUAUGCAGAAAUAUAUGAACAGCAUAGCUGAUCCGUGCAACGAUUUCUAUAGCUAUGCCUGUGGUAAUUGGAAAAAUUAUCAUAUAAUACCACCAGAUAGGUCCACUUACGACACCUUCGAAAUAAUUCGAGAAAAUUUGGACCGAGUUUUGAACGAAACCCUAUCCAGCAAAUCAAGUAUUUCAAAUGAUAACGCGUCAAAUAAGAAAAUAGAAUUCACCGACAUAUUUAAUAGUGGAGCUGAUCCUAAUAUAACAACCAAUGCCACUAUAAAAGUGAAACAGUUCUAUGAAUCUUGCAUGAAUACUGAACUAAUUUUAGAGAGAGGCAAUGAGCCUCUAUUAAAAAUUUUAAAGGAAUUAGAUGGCUGGCCUAUCUUAUCUAGUAAAUGGGCUGAAGAAGGAUUUGAUUUAUUUAAAUUGUUAGGCAGAUUACGUCUUUUAAAUAACGACGUGAUCUUGUCGCAAUGGAUCGGUCCGGAUAUAAAACGAGCGAAUCAAUAUAUAGUUCACAUCGACCAGACAAGUUUGGGACUUCCCACAAGAGAUUACUUUCUAGAUCCCAAAAAUAUAAAAUAUGUAAGUGCUUAUAAAAUAUUAAUAGUAAGUACUGUGAAAACACUCGGAUCAGACUUAGUCGAUGUCGAAAAAGAAGUUGACGAUAUAAUAACAUUUGAAACCAUGUUAGCUGAAAUUAUGGCCUCUUCAGAAGAAAGGCGAAAUAUAUCUGACGUGUAUCUUAGAACCGAUCUAUCAUCAAUCACAUUAUAUUUUCCGCAGUACGAUUGGAAAACUUAUUUUACUAUAAUCCUAGGAAAUGACAUCAGUUUGGACACUCCUGUAGCAGUAUAUUGCGCCAAAUACUUGUUGGAAUUGAUAUAUUUAUUAAAUGCAAGGUAUUUAGAUAUUAAACAAAGGUUCAACUUUGUACUUUACGGACGAGAACAGCAACCUCCUAGAUGGCAAUUUUGUGUAUCCGAAGUUAAUACCCACAUGGGCAUGGCACUUGGUGCGUUGUUUGUAAGAAAAUAUUUUGAUGAAACUAGCAAAACGGACACGAUCCAGAUGACUCAGGCUUUAGUAAAUUCCUUCAAAGAGAUACUAACUGAAAAUUCUUGGCUGGAUUCUUCUACCAAAAAUUAUGCCCGGAAAAAAAUCGAGAAUAUGGAUUUGAAGAUUGGAUUUCCGGAUUUUGUACUGAAUGAUACAGAUUUAACUAUGCGGUACUAUGACGUCGAAAUAAAUCCAGAUUAUUUUUUCGAAAACGUUUUAAGUAUUUUAAGACAUCUUGCCCGAGCUGAACGCAAGAGACUGGAUACUGAAGUAAACAGGACAUUGUGGAGUACUUCUCCAGCUAUCGUAAAUGCUUAUUAUAGCAGAAAUAAAAAUCAAAUAAUGUUUCCCGCUGGUAUACUUCAGCCGCCAUUUUAUCAUAAGCAUUUUCCUAAAGCGCUGAACUUUGGUGGAAUUGGUGUGGUUAUAGGUCAUGAAAUAACCCAUGGGUUUGACGAUAAAGGGCGUCUGUUUGAUCAAUUUGGUAAUUUGAAAAUGUGGUGGAAAGAUAGCUCAAUACGAAAUUUUUACGAAAAAGCUCAGUGCAUUAUUGAUCAAUAUAGCCAAUAUAUGUUACCAGAGAUUAAAGUGGCCUUAGAUGGAUAUAUGACACAAGGCGAAAAUAUCGCAGAUAACGGUGGAUUAAAACAGUCUUUCCGGGCUUAUCAAGCAUGGAUAAAAGCAAAUCCCACAGAGGAUGAAACAUUGCCCAACAUGAACUUAACAAACAAUCAACUGUUUUUCUUAAACUUCGCACAAGUUUGGUGCGGAUUGCAACGAAUCCAAGAAGCAAAAAAUCGUUUGAAAAUAUCAGUUCAUUCCCCAGGAAUAUUUCGAAUAAUUGGAGUGUUAAGUAAUUCCGAAGAUUUUGCCAAAGCCUACGACUGUCCAAAGGAUUGUCCAAUGAAUCCGGAGAAAAAAUGUGUCUUAUGGUAAAAUAAGAAUAAUUAUAAAAUGAAUUAUUAUGUUUAAUAUCUUUUUUUAAAUA